UUCUUUUGAUAUUUAGUUAUUUCCCUUUAUUUUAUGGCUCCAAAAUGUAAGCAAGAGUUCAUGUGUAAUGUGAUGUUACAUGUAUUCAAUAUUUUGAUGUAAACUCAUCAAAAGAUCUUCAUAAUUCAAUGCAUAGUUUAUCACUAGAAUGAAAUUGAUGAACUUCUGAAAGCUUUGAAGAAUACAGAGAUGCAAGAUGCACUCCAUCAUGAAUGAAUAGGUUGGGUACAUCCAAAAGUUUAGAGAAUUAAUUGCCAUUUGAUGGUCAAAGACUAGUCAAAAGUUGCAGUGAUGGAAGAAUUCACAGAGUUUCUUAAGUUAUGCAAGAAGCAUUUGAAAAAACAACCUGCCAUUAUCAAACUCAUAAAGAAAAGACACCAGGAAAGCAGAGAAGAGUAUCUUGUUUCAGCAGCUUUUCGUAACAGUAUUCAUAUUGCUCGUGUUAAAAUUGAAAGUAAUCCCAAUGAAGUCUUCUUGUACAUAAGAGAUUUUUUGCAAGAACUUAAAUUGAAUAAAGACGAGGAAUAUGAGAGGAAAAAAAGAAAAAGAGACAAAUUUCCCUCAUCUGAUGAUGAACACCCAACCAAAAAAGUGAAGGAGAAAGAGGGAAGCACGGCAAACGAAUCACAAAUGCAGGGCACCACAUCUAACAGUUCAUCUACUAGACUGGUCUCUAAAAAAUUAUGUACAGAGGCAUCCGUGAUAUCGGAGAAAGAUUCUGAACCUAUGGAUGAUAUUCAAAUUGAAUCACUUGAAAGCUCCUCUGAGGAUGAAUGUCCUAAAAGAAAAACUGUGUUGAAAGGAGAAGAUGAAGAUUUUGAGGUGGUUCUGAAUGAUGAUUUUUCUGAUGACAGCACUGGUAGUGUUUUGGUUGAUUACAAUAUCUCAGGGAUUGGGAAAGAUCUGAAAGAUACUUGUGACUCUACAGUGAAGGAUGAUCAAACCCUUGUAACAAACAAUGAAGGCAAACAUAAAGAAGAAAAUAAUGAGCAGACCUUGGAAAAUAAUAUCAAUCUAAGUGCAGUUUUAAACAAGUCAUCAACUUCUAGUCAUUUUUCCUCUGAAGGAUGUAUGCAAAACAGUGAAAACACCAAAUCAGAUAACAAAAUGGAAAAAGUCAGCUCUUGCGAAUCGAUUAUUGACAAAUCACCAGACUCUACUACUACAGAACCUCAAGAAAAACAGCAUAAAGAAGGAUCUUUUUCUGCAAGGAAUUUUAAAGACAUGUUUAAGAAGUUGAAACACUUGGUAAAAGACAACCUUCCCCUUUCACCUUUAUCAACUGGAGAGGUACUUCCGGAUAGCAGUUCAAAGAUGGAAGUGGAUGUAUGCAAUGUGGAAGAAACAGCUAGGAAUGGAGAAGAAACAGCUGCUGAAGAAAUUCAGCUUAUAGAGCAAACAGAUGAAGUAGACGAAUUAAAUAAAAAUGGGGUAGAAAGCAGAGAGAGCGAAACUAAUGAAAGAGGAAAGGAAACUGCAGAGGCAAGUUCUUUAAAGGAGUCUAAAGGGAGUCGUUUACUAAAGGUCAUUAGAAAUCAAUGUGAUCAAAAAGUCCAACAAACCAAGGACUCUAAAAAAAAGGACACCUGUAAUAAGGAUUGCAUAGUAUUUAAUAGUCCAGACUACAGUGUAAAUGAAACAUCAAAUGGUUUGUGCAGACUUGAAGGUGAGGGAUUUCAUAAUGCCAAUGAUAGCCCCUUAAAAAUUGUAAGUGUAAUCUCUGAGGCUAACCUUGAGGAGCCAGGGUUAAAUAAUGAAACGAAAAAAGAUAGUCAAAGGAGAGGCAAUGAUGGAAAAAAUGUGAAGAAAGGAUUUGAUAGUUUAAGCAUAAAAAAAGAUAUGGGGGUAGAAAGGAUGGAUACAAAUACAAACUCUUCAGACAUCAAGUCUUCAAGUGCUGAAAGUUUGGCUGUAAAAGAUACCAAGACGGAUGGGACGGGAAAAGAAUUUAAGACUUCGAAUACAGAACCAUCAGACAAUUCCAACAAAAAUCAAGAUAUUGAAAUUGAUAUAUCAGAAACAGAACGAACCAGAUCAGAUACAGAGCUGUCAGCAAGUGAAAAAGAUAACACAGAUAAAGAAAUGAAGAGUUUGAAUGAACAACCAACAAAAGAUUUCGACACAGAAGACAAAACAAGGGAUGUUAAAAAAGAUAAAUCAUCAGAUGAACCAAAUAGUUGUGAUCAAGGAUUAUCAACUGGCGACCAGUGUAUAACCAAACCCAAGAAUACUUCAAGUAAGGACAAGGAAACUGAGACAAAAAGUCUGGAUGUAGAGCCAUCAACGAGUGCUCAAGAUGAAUCCAAGAAAAAGAAAAAGGGCUCAAAGAAGCAAGUUGAAAGACUAGAAAAGUUACUGGAGGAUAUUCGAGACAAAAUAGAGCAGUUAAAAGAAGCAGAAGUUGACUUGGAUGAUGAAGAUUCAGCCUACAUAAUGGAAGAGAAAUAUCAGAAGAAGUUUGUCAAAGUUUGGAACAAGUUGUGUGAGAUCAAAGAAAGCAGUGCAGAUACUGGGCGACCCUCGCAGAGGAAAUUUAGAUACUCGGGUACACGAUAUCCUGAAAUCAACAAGAAGAUUGAGAAAUUUGUAAACAAAAAGAAAUGUUUCCCUGACUAUAAUGAUAUUAGAGAUAUCAUUGUCAGUGCCAACAACAGCAGAGCACUUCAUCUCAAGGGGUCAGCUAUUGACCGUUUAGCCAGGGAGGCAUUCUCAGAUGUGGGGGAUCAACUUCAGAAGAGAAGGGAGGAGGACUUCAAAUACACAUUUUUGGGCCAUCUGCCACGAGACACAAAAAUUGUCAGAAAUGAAGACGACCCAGCUUAUGAGGACAAAAGUCUGCAACUCAAGCUGGAGGAAAACAAGAAAGUUUCAAGAAUACGCCUAAAUGCAGUGAUUGAGAAAUUUGUGGAGAAACAGGACAAAAGGGGUGUGGAUGAAGAUGAUGAUGAAGAGGAGGAACAAAAUGAAGAGGAGGAUGCAAUGGAGGAAGACAAUGAAGAUGUGGAAGUCCCAGAGAUGGAUCAAAUUAUUAAUGAGGAAUCACAGACUGAAACAGAUACAACUGAUAGUGACCAACAGAGGAAGGAAAAUGAAACUAGUUCUACCAACAGUAGUGACCAACAGAGGAAGGAAAAUGAAACUAGUUCUACCAACAGUAGUGACCAACAGAGGAAGGAAAAUGAAACUAGUUCUACCAACAGUAGUGACCAACAGAGGAAGGAAAAUGAAACUAGUUCUACCAACAGUAGUGACCAACAGAGGAAGGAAAAUGAAACAAGUUCUACCAACAGUUCUGACAAAAUGGAAUUAGAACACACAGCAGGAAAUCCCUUUAUAAAGCAGGCAUUUGAAGUGAAAAUCAAAGAGGUUUGUGACAUAAAAACUGAGGAAGUCUGUGAAUCAAAAACUGUGGAGGUUUGUGAAUCAAAAACUAUGGAGGUGUAUGAAUCAAAAACUGAGGAACUUUCCAAGUCAAAUAGUGAGGACAAUGGGGCGAAAAAAAAGAUUGAAGCAUGCAGCAUCAUUUCAGUCUUUGAGGCAUCAGACAUUGUACAGAUUGAUGAUGAAGAUGAUGAUAUUAUGAUUGUCCGAGAAGAAGGCUUUUUACCUGAAUCAAUAAAAGGACAGGCUGGAAAAGUGAAAAAAGAACCAGAUCACGUUGUGAAAGAAACCCAACAAACACCGGAGGAAAUGAAAGAUUUUAUCGUUAAACUUCAGUCAGAAAUUUUUUCAGAGUUACAAUCUAUCUCAAAGAAAUAUCUGCCUGCUGUGAAAAAGAUGCCCACUGCAAAGAGAGAUAAACCGCAAAGCAUUGGAAAAUUUGUUGUCGAUUUCACUGGAGAGGGAAGUCAGGGUUUUAAACCAAGAUCUAAAGCUACACACACUAUGACACCUUUAGGGAACUCCAGAGUAUCCAACCGUCACAGUGCCACAUCUUCAAUAACCAAAGGUGGAAAAGUAGGUGUUAGGGAUGACAGUGUUAGCAUAAUGAGUACCUCUAUAAGAGAGUCAAAGUUACCCAGAAAAAAAAUAGUGAGUCAAUCCAACAAUGCUAAGCAGAAGGACAUAAAAUUGAUACCACUUAAUGCAAUAGGAGCAAAAUUAUUAGGGGAAAAUGCUUAUCCCAGUGCUAAAAACCGAGGGGCUUUACCCAGUGCAAAAGAAACAUUCGGAUCAGCUCAGAUGCAGCAAGAUGGUGUCGAUAAGAAAGCUCAAACUUCCUUACUCUCCAAAACUGCAAAGUAUACUGGGGGAUCAGAUAAAAGACUGGGUCGAUUAACAUCAAUCCCUCAUUCAAGUUUAUUGAGCUCAGCACAAACCACAAGCAGCCCUUCUCAGGAAAAUCCCAAUUCAUUUAACAAGUAUUCAAGUCUGAUUUCCAAGUCAAGAGACAAGAAGUGUUUCCCAGCAAAAACUGCAGUCAAUGUGGUUAGACUUGACAAAAAAGAUGAUGAUGAUGAUGAUGUUAUAAUAUUGGACUAAUGCAUUAGAAUUUUAUUGUAUAUCAUUGUUUUUGUGAAACCAUUAUGUGUGUACAAAAUAACUGCAUAAUGAUAAAAAGGUUCAUUGUACAGAAUAUAGAGAAAAAAACAAUUUUAGUACACAAAAUGAUGAUUAUUUUCUCUUUGUAUACAUAUAUCUGUUUUUAAAUUUUUCUUAAGUGUUGUAAAGAUUGGUAUUUGUGCCAUAUUCAUACAUGAUUAAUACGAUUAUAUCUCAGACAACAAAGUGUGAAUGUAUAUUGUAAAUGAAUGUGGCUAAAAUUGUGGUACAAUUCUGGUAUAAUUCUUUGUCUUUGAUUGAUUGUUAUCAAAUCAUGUGUCAAUCAGUAUGCCACUCACAACCAGGAUUGGAUAUUUUGUUUGGUUGUUCAUACAAUCAUGUCAAUACUAGUAAUUAAUUUUGUAUAUAAAGCAACCCAGGUAUAUAUUUAUUUAGUCAAUAUGUCAUGUCUUACAUUUUAUUGAGCUGUUAUUUCGGCAUGACACCAUUGUAUAAUUUAUAAGUUUUGUAUAUUCUAUGCUAGAGCCAUUCAGUAGUGAGACAAAUAAUUGUAUGUUCUUUAUAUGGGGAAAAAAUUUGAAAUACUUUUAGACUAUCUAGUCACCAAGUUAUAUGUAACUAUUAUAUAUGUAUCAAUAAUGUCAUAUUUACAUGUGCUCUAUUUUCUUUGUCAAUAAAUCAGCUAUAGUCUUUAUAGUGUGGACGGACUAUUAUUUACUUAAAGUGAAUAUUUAAAUGUUAGGUCACUCAAAAUAUUAUGCUUUAGAGUCCUAUUACAUUGUCUAUAUGGAAUUUAUGCAUUCACAACUGCGCUUUGGUAUUAUUUCAUGUACAUCCAAAUGGCAGCACAACGUGUCAUAGGUCUCAAUUUACAUACCUCUAAAUUAAUCUAUGUAUUGUUAUAGAAAAUAUUCCAUUUUCAGAAGGCUCCAAAAAUUAGGUCCUUAUUUAACAUGUAUAACUUUGCUAUUUAAAUAUUGCAUUGGACAACCAUGACAUAAUGUAAAAUAUGAUUUUGAAUAUUUAUUUGAUUUUCAUGUGUUCCAUCCCUCUUUGGGUCUUGUUCUUUUAAAUGCUUUUAAAUAAAACAUGUCCAAAGCGU